GCGGGGCGGGCGCCGUGACGCGCGGCUGCACCCGCGCCCCCAGCGGCGGAGGCGGCGGCGGCGGCGGGAGGGAGCGGCCGGCCGGCGCCGGGCCCAUGCUGCUGCCCCUGGCCUGUCUGCACGGCCGGGUGGCGCAGUGUCUGGCCGCGCUCCUCGUGCUGGCGGAGCCCACCCCGAGGCUGCGGCGCGGCCCCCGGACGCCCGGCGCCCCGCCCCCGCGCGCCCAGGCCCUGCCCGGGAAGAUGGCCGCGGAGCUGUACGCGCCCGCCGCCGCCGCCACGGACAUCGCCAACAGCAACGCCGCCGCCGCGGCCGCCGCGGGCAGGAAGGGCCCGCCCAGCGCCCCGCCGCCCGCCCCGCCGCCGCCGCCCGCGCCCGCGCCGCCCGCGCCCGACAACAACAACUUGGAGAGCCCCAGCUGGCAGUCCUGCCGCCCGACCCUGCGCGAGAGGUGAGCGCCCCGCGCCCCGCGCCCCGCGCCCCGCGCCCCGCGCCCCGCGCCCCGCGCCCAGCCUGUGCCUUCCCCCGCAGGAACGCGCUCCUCUUCAACAACGAGCUCAUGGCCGACGUGCACUUCGUGGUGGGGCCCCCGGGCGGGGCGCAGCGGGUGCCUGCCCACAAGUACGUCCUGGCGGUCGGGAGCUCCGUCUUCUACGCCAUGUUCUACGGGGACCUGGCCGAAGUCAAGCCGGAGAUCCACAUCCCUGACGUGGAGCCCGCCGCCUUCCUCAUCAUGCUCAAGUACAUGUACAGCGACGAGAUCGACCUGGAGGCGGACACCGUGCUGGCCACGCUCUACGCCGCCAAGAAGUACAUCGUGCCAGCGCUGGCCAAGGCCUGCGUGCACUUCCUGGAGACCAGCCUGGAGGCCAAGAACGCGUGCGUGCUGCUGUCGCAGAGCAGGCUGUUCGAGGAGCCCGAGCUGACCCAGCGCUGCUGGGAGGUCAUCGACGCGCAGGCCGAGAUGGCCUUGAGGUCCGAGGGCUUCUGCGAGAUCGACUGGCAGACCCUGGAGGUCAUCGUCACCCGGGAGGCCCUCAACACCAAGGAGGCGGUGGUCUUCGAGGCCGUGCUGAGCUGGGCCGAGGCCGAGUGCAAGCGGCAGGGCCUGCCCGCCACCCCGCGCAACAAGAGGCACGUGCUGGGGCCCGCCCUCUACCUGGUGCGGAUCCCCACCAUGACCCUGGAGGAGUUCGCCAACGGCCCCGCCCAGUCGGACAUCCUGACGCUGGAGGAGACCCACAACAUCUUCCUGUGGUACACGGCGGCCAACAAGCCCCCGCUCGACUUCCCGCUCACCAAGCGGCGCGGCCUGGCGCCCCAGCGGUGCCACCGCUUCCAGUCCUCGGCCUACCGCAGCAACCAGUGGCGCUACCGCGGCCGCUGCGACAGCAUCCAGUUCGCGGCGGACAGGAGGGUGUUCGUGGCGGGGCUGGGCCUGUACGGGUCCAGCUCGGGGAAGGCCGAGUACAGCGUGAAGAUCGAGCUCAAGCGCCUGGGCGUGGUCCUCGCCCAGAACCUGACGCGGUUCGUGUCCGACGGCUCCAGCAGCACCUUCCCCGUGUGGUUUGAGCACCCGGUGCAGGUGGAGCAGGACACCUUCUACACGGCCAGCGCCGUGCUGGACGGCAGUGAGCUCAGCUACUUCGGGCAGGAGGGCCUGACGGAGGUGCAGUGCGGCAAGGUCACCUUCCAGUUCCAGUGCUCGUCCGACAGCACCAACGGCACCGGCGUGCAGGGCGGCCAGAUCCCCGAGCUCAUCUUCUACGCCUGAGCGCGGCGUGGGGGCGUGAAGGCGCCGUCCUCCAACUCCUGACCUCGGGGUCGCGGCUGGCUGCAGCCAGAGGAAUACUCGAGACGCUUCUACACGGCCAGAGCCGGGCUCGCAAUCCAGGUGGCGCGGCCUCCUCACGCCCCCUGCACAUGGGGUGCUCACUGGAUGGAGGGGGAUUUGGGGCGGAGGGCAGCCCAGACACGCCAGUGGUGCCCACGCCAUGUACUUUGUGGGCUUGGCCAUCCCUCCUACCCUCCUAGGCUUUGUUCUGAGUUCUAAGCUUCAGACCUUCCUCCAAUUCUAAAACCUGGGAAAAGUCACUUAUCUUUUCUCUUGCGUUUUAAUAAAGUGAGCCAC